AUGGUAGAAACAGAUCCUAAGAAUCCUCCAAAUGUUCCAAAAGGUUGGCUUGCGAAAUACGAUGAGAAAUAUAAAGCCUUUUUCUACGUCGACUUAAGGACGAAGAAGUCGCAAUGGGAAGCUCCUUCAUUCGAACAUGCUGAUAAGGUGCUGCCACCCCCCUACAGUCCCACCACAUCCAAUGGUGCUCAAUUCCAAUCCCAAAAUCAGCCUAGACCCAAUCCUCAACAACCACACCCUCAACUGCAACUUCCUCCCCAAGGAUACGGGCAACCUUCUCAGCAGCAACAAGGGUUCGCACCUCAGCAGCAGUACGUGCAGCAAAUGCCGCAAAACACGCAUAUAGGUGGUAUGGGUGGUAUGGGUGGUAUGGGUAUUGGUGGUGGUAUGCUCGGUGGUAUGCUUUUAGGAAAUAUGAUGGGAUCAAGACGACACAGCAGACGUAUGCCAAGACGGUCACGUAGAUGCUAG